AUGCUUUCCCGGGAUCAGCCCAAACCUAGUCCCGUCUUCACCGAUUACAACUUUUUUCUUGUUCUUUUGAUUCCAAAAAACAACUUCAUAACUUCCGCAGUGCAAGCACCAAACCCCCGCGGGCGCAGCCGUGCCUAUGGCACCGGUCCCGGGCAACACUCACCACUGGAGCGCCUCACUAUGUUCUCCAGGAAGGUGUUCUGUGGAGCCACCAAGCCGCGCUUCCCCCCGGGCAUGGUGCUGUGGAAGCCGGCUGCUGAGGCUGAGGCUGCGCGCGGAGCUGUGGAGGAGGAGACCCAGGAGGAAAGGACUCAGCAGGAGACCCAGGAGGAGAGCCAGCACGGUGCAUGGUAA